CCAAAAUCUGAAUCACUCUCUCUUUCUUCAACUUUUUCUCUCUCUAAAAUCACAAACCUUUAAGCUUCUUCUUCUGUAAAAAGUUUCUGUUUUGUCUUUUCUUUCCAUUUUUCUUUUAAUUUUUAGAGCGGGAGAAAGAGAGAGAAGUUAAGGAAAUGGGACACCAUUCUUGCUGUAACAAACAGAAAGUGAAGAGAGGGCUAUGGUCACCUGAGGAAGAUGAGAAGCUUGUUAAUUACAUUUCUACUUAUGGCCAUGGCUGUUGGAGCUCUGUCCCCAAGCUUGCUGGCUUGCAGAGAUGUGGGAAAAGUUGUAGACUAAGAUGGAUAAAUUAUCUGAGACCUGACCUUAAACGUGGGAGUUUCUCUCCCCAAGAAGCUUCCCUCAUUGUUCAACUCCAUAGCAUUCUUGGUAAUAGAUGGGCUCAAAUAGCGAAGCAAUUACCUGGAAGAACCGACAAUGAAGUGAAGAAUUUUUGGAAUUCAAACAUAAAAAAGAAGUUGAUUUCUCAUGAGGUUUCUGCUUUGGCCACCUUUUCUGGCCAUCUCCAAAACCCUAAUGCUUCUAUUAAUAACGAGGGAUUUAUUAUUCUCAAUGCAAACCCUAAUUUGAUUUUAACCACCUCUGCCCAUCAAGACCAACCAUGUCUUCCAACUUCAACUCUACAAACUAGUUUUGAUCAUCUCAUUGAUUACAAGCUUGACCAAUUUACCAAUCUCAAUCCAAAUGCUAAUUUGGUUCAUUUACUUCCUUCCAUUUCCUCCUCAACAAACUUUUCCCCUCAUGACCCUCGUCCAAUGUGGCCAUCAUCAGGAGGCUAUCGUCUCCAACCGCUCGACUCUGAUCAACCGGUGGUGGCAAGUGGAGAGUUCGUCACUCCAGCAGCUACACUACCACAAUACGUUGACAUUUCAUUUUUGCAUCCCACGACAACGAUGCCAAAAUUAUGCGAGGUUGGCGAGGAAAAUAUUUGCUCAUCAAUUCCACAAAUUCCAGCUCCUUUGCAAGAUCUUGAUCCAAUUAUCAAAUUAUCAAGCUUUUCAAAUGGUUACUAUCCACAAGAUCAAUGCAUGGUAACUAAUCAAAUGGCUAUGGAGCAAAUUGAUAUGAUCAUGUCAUCGAUCUUACAAAACCCGCCGUGUUCAUCAUUGUCAUCAUCUUCGUCAUCGUUGGGAUUAACGGGAUUAUCCAACGACCUUGUUUCAUCAAGCUGGGAUGCAUAGGAUACAUAGGUACGUAGUAGGUCACAGUAUGUGUGUGUCUAGCUAGCUAAGUAAUAAUUGAAAAAAAAAUGAAAUUGGUUUUUUUGUUGUUGUGGAUGCUUAUAUAUACAUAUGUAUGUUUGAGAAGGUAAGAGCUAGGAUGGAAAAACCUAGAAGUUGCUAGUUCAGGUUCUUUACUAAGUAAUGCUUAGUCAAUUACAAUUAAUACAUAGCCUUGUUUCACAUGCUUCA